GAGCAAAUAGUGAAUAUUAAAAAAAAUCAAGACAAGUAAACAGUGACAAAGCAGUGAAGUGAAUAUCAAACAUACGCAAUGCCUCUGUGUAAAAUAAUGAUAAAAGGUACGGGACAAACUGGUAUAUUCAACGAAGAAACGCUGCUUGACUUGAAAAAUAAAAUUUCUCAAAGAUUCCUGGCACCUGUCGAUCUCCUAGAGCUGCAUAGCGACGGAUUUCCUGUUGUGUGCGAUGACGACUUUUUGUGCCUGAGUAUCGUUGCUGGUCCUUUAACAUUCACUGUCACUAUCCUUGAAGGCCGUGAACGCUACAAUGACCAUAGAGGCCUACCAGAUUUGGGCAACGAAUUAGAUCCAGAACCAUCAACGUCUGAGACUGGGAUCGAUAUAUCUUUAGAGGAUUAUUACCCGAUUCGCGACAUAAUUCGUGAAAACGGGUGGGAUAAAAGCCGCGUUGAUGCUUUGUUAUGCCGCUUAGAUGCCGAGGACGCGGAGCUCAGUAAAAAGGAUCGUUCUGCUAUUAAUAUUGCAGUCGGUAAAUGGCUCUACAAACAUAAGGGAAUGAAUGGCAUGCCAAAGCCAGCAGAAUUUGACUUGGCUGCCAAGUCGAUUGUAGCGCAUUUUCCGAUAGCAAAGGAUGCAUCAUGCACUCCCGAUAACAUCAUUCACUCUUCGUGGUAUGAUGUAAAUACAAACGUUGGACGUUUAUCAAAUUACGUCAGGGAUCGCAGAUCCAAUAAUAAGAAUAAAGGGGCCAUUGUAAGGAGCUACAAUAAAAGACAAACUGAAAAUUUUGAAGAUGAAUUCGACAUUACUUUACAAGACCAAGAAAGAUUUAUGCGCGAGAACCAAGUAACCGCCGAAAAUAAAGAAAAAAUGAUGCAGUGUCAUUUUGGCACGCUCGAAUCCCGUAGAAAAUGGAUCCUCGAGAAGAAACCUACCGUGACAGACAUUCUGACAAGGUUUCCCAGAUUCACAUCACUAAAGGGAGCGUUGAUUGUGACCUGA